UUGUUUGCUAGGCACAUAUAAAACAAACGAACUUAAAUAUUCACAAUCAUAUUCAAGUUGUUCGUUGACGCGCUCGAGUUUAAGUCGGAAAGGUUAUAGCAAUUUUUCAGAUUUCCUAAGCCCAGAUUUAAAAAGCCGGAAAGCCAUGACUAUUAAACGGUUUUGGGAGCAGCUUGCUUUAUGCGUUGUUUUAGCAGUGCCCGCAUUUGUGAGUGCUGACUACCAAGAGAACAUGUUUCUAAACGGCCAGUACCAAAACGAUAUCAAGGAUAACAAAAAGACCAACCUUUUAGCGAACAUCCCAUCAAAUGUGUUCCUUAGUCACGCUAUCAUCAGCAGGGAAGCGACGCCAUUCCAGGGGCCAACAUAUCUACCGCCAAAGGAAUAUUUGAAGUGCAUUUCGGGCCAGCAGUGCGUCCGUCAGAGGCAGUGCUUGAACGGAUUUUUUUCUCAACAGGUACCCAGGAUACAUAACUGCGACCCGGAAACCGAUAUCUGCUGUACCUUCCAGGCUUCUUAUACCAUAUCCAUGCCAUUCGGCUCAUGUCCGCGGGAUUCAGGAUGCGUGGCUCCGCAAAAUUGCAACAACGGCGAAAUAAGUGCAAUAAACUCUGUAAAGAAGCAAGAACAAAGUCUCUGCAUAGCUCCCUAUGUUUGCUGCCGAAAUCCCGCAACCACUCUAACUGAUGAGGGAUACAUUUUUAGCCUACCCGACAAGACUUUCUUUUUGCCGACGAACCCUACAGCACUGCUCGCUAACGACACGCAGUCAGAUUACCAAUUUAAGCCUGCGGUCCCCGUUCCUGGACCCCCAAAUGAGUAUUUGUCGCCGUUCGAACACACACCAACUCGCAUUCUGUCCACCCGUUUCAAACCAAGGAUCCAUCCUACUCGCCGACCCACAAACGAGUACCUUCCGCCUGUGUCCACGAACGAGAUUCCGCGCUUUGAUUCCGACCGUGUUCAUCAGCCGACGAACGAGAAGCCGAUUUACCGAGGAGAAGACCAGCUGUCCCCUCAGAUAUUUCCUACUCCCACUCCAGCCGAAGUCCCGAAGCAUUACGCUAAGUGUGCAUCUGCUCUCGUUUGCACCUCAGAAAACUUUUGCAACGCAUUAGGGGUCCUCUCUGAGAUCGUCGUAGAGUUGAGCCCGUUAGAGGCGGCUUUCCGAGUGCCUCUCACCGACUGCCUGCAGGCCGAAAACGGCGCCGCUGGCAAAUGUUGCCGUGACCCAAACUAUGUUGACCCAUGGCCCGUUAACUUGGCCGGAGUUUGCGCGACUAGAAACAAGCGCACGAAGCCGACGGGAAUAAAGGAACUGGAUGCCAAUUUUGCCGAAAUUCCCUGGCAGGCCAUGAUUUUGCGGGAGUCGAGCAAGACACUUAUCUGCAGCGGAGCCAUAAUCGGAGACGAAUUCGUUUUGACCUCCGCGACCUGCGUUAAUGAUCUGCCAGUGUCCGAUAUUCGCGUUAAGGCUGGUGAGUGGGAGCUGGGCAGCACAAAUGAACCACUUCCGUUCCAACUAAUUGCCGUAAAGACCAUCGAAAUACAUCCAGCAUUUAAUGGUUCUACAAAGUCCCACGACUUGGCCAUUGUCCGACUCGAAAGGCGUUUGGAGUUUGCCUCACACAUUCAACCUAUCUGCAUAAGCGAUGAAGAUCCAAAACCAUCUGAAAAUUGUAUCACCUCUGGCUGGGGGAAACAGGCUUUAUCAAUCCAUGAAGAAGGAGCUCUGAUGCAUGUGACGGAAACAUCGGCGGUGGACCGCGCCGAUUGCAGUAGCGAUCAAAACAGUGUAUGCAGAGCGACAAAGUUUGACGCUUGCCAGUUCGAUGUGGGUAGCGCGCUCGCCUGCGGCAAAGGCUCUACAGUCCGUCUAAAAGGAAUUUUUGGCGGUGAGAGUUCCUGUGGAGAUGGGCAGACGGUACGGUUUGCAAAGGCGGACAUUAAAUGGAUUAACACUGCAUUUGCCGACAGAAACAAACCGCUCUUGCUAAAACAUUUUUAAUUAGGACCUCCUUAGGCCCUGUAGGCAGGAAAUAGUACCGUAUGUGUUUAAAUAAAUUUUGCAAAACAACCACAAUAGAGAUUAUAUAAAAUUUGCUAUAGCACAUUUGUAAUGUGUCUAACCAUCUACUAAUGCAUUAAAUCUUAUGUUAAGUUUUUCCUAUAUCGUAUAAAAGAAAUUUGCUUACAGUUUAUUAAAAGGUAUUCUUCUUAACUUAGGCAAUAAUAUAAUUUUAAAAAAAGUAAACAUGAUAGAUAUGUAAUCUAUGAUUUAAAAUAUAAGCAGCCAAAACCAAAUAAAAAAG